GCAUCACUAGCUGCAAAUCCCCGUCUGGACGAGGUCGUCGAUUGUGUAUCGUAGUUCGAUCGCAAUUCAUGAAAUGAAAUAAAUUGUUCAAAUAACUUCUCAAUGAACCAAAGAAAUAUCAUUUUGAACUGUUAACACGUAAAAAAGAGUUGAUUAAAGUCUAAGAAAACACCUGGAUCUCAUUCUGCAGGAGGUGUUAUUCGGGCAUCCAAUUCCCGUUUUAUGAGGAUAUUCCUGUCUCCAUCUAACGUACGAUUAGCGACAAGGAUAGAAAGAAAUGUCAUCGAAAAGUUCUAAGAAAACUACAAAUCCUAAUCCUAGAAUUAGGCCAUUGGAACCGAUCAUAACUCGAACAAAAUCAGCCCAGCAGAGACGCCAACUAAGAAACAAGACAGACAAGAAAACCGAAAAACCGAAACUUACUAAACCUGAAAUAAAAUCGCCUAAAACCAUUAAACCUGUGAUACGCUCGAAAGAGGCUCUACUUAAGGAACCUGUGAAGAGUUCCGUUGAAGAAAUAGAACAAGUAGAGUAUUAUCCAAAUAAGUUGAAACGCAAACUUUGUACUAAGAAGAUUCUGUUGAAACCUAAACAUAAUUUUAAAGUUGUUGCUGCUACUAAUAAGAGGAAGCUGGCAACACCAAAGAGAGGUCUCAAAUCACCAACCAGCAAACAGGGUUCACCUCGUAACCUCCUCUCACCUAAGAGAUCUAAACAAGCUUGUAGCCCGGAACUGACCAUGCAGGACAUGGUGAGACUCGUGGAGGAGACCAGGAGUCUUAGUGAUGAGGACUUCAUGGAGAUCCUGACGUGUCCCAGCCCGGUGUGGUGGGAAGAUCCGCCUGAUGGAGGUUAUGAUGAGGAUUCGAUAUGCACAAGAUCUCCAGAGCGGCUUCCAGACAAAUCAACACAAGAGACGAAAAAGAGGAAAAUCACCAAAACCAAGCCAUUUAACAAAACAAAUAAGAACAGUAUAAACAUAGAACAAAAACCUGAACAAAUAACGAUAAAACCAAUCAAAAAAGACGAACGAUUCGUGCAGAAAAAACUAAAAUUAGAAAAUAUAUUAGGCAAUAUAAAGAACAAAACUAUUAAACCAAUUAGUACAGUGAAAAACAGUAUAAAUGAAAACCGCAAUCGAAAAGUUUCCGACAGCGAAGGCGAUAUAUCAGAUCUGAGUUUUAACGAGGAAGAAAUACUGAAAAAUCUCGAAAAUAUGGACAUUCCUAUAGAACCUAAAAUACCUGUAAAUAUUAAAAAAGAAAUAGACGUUAAAGAUAUAAAGAAUGAAAUCACGGACGUAACUACGUCAAAAAACGAAAAAGUAGUUAGUGAGAAUUUAUCAAAUGUAAUAAAAGCUGAAAUUAAAGAGGAAUUUCACUGUAAGGUAGUUCAUAAAAACGAUGAUUUAACUAAAUUAUCUAAGUGUGACGAUAAUUUAAAUGUAAAAAGUGUAAAUAUUGAUAAUCAAAGUACUAAAAUUUCAAAUGUAGAUACUAGUAGCUGUAGAUUAAGUAGCAACAAGGACUCGACAGUGAAAGAAGAUCCGAGUUGUUCAAAAAACUUGGAAAUUAUCAAAAAUCAUGAACAAAAUACUUUAGACGCGGAUAAUUCAAAUAAAGACAACUCUAAUGAGAAUCUUUCUCACAAAAAAAGUACUGAUCUAAGCGAAUACAUAACUGUUUAUAAAAUAAUUCCAGAAAAAUCGAAAAGUGAAAUUACACCUGAAAAGGAACCUAAACCAACUUCUAGUUCUAGAAAAACUAAAAUGGACUCUGUAAAAGGAAAAUUAAACGAUUUUUUCAAACAUUGUAAAAAUAGUAAACGCGUGAGAAAAAGUCAAAGCCCAGUUCCCGCCAUUCCUUUGACAGAUGUCAAACAGGAAGUCAUAGAUAACGAAAGUGGUGAUAGUAAAAUCGAUUUGGAAGAAAAUAGUCGACUAAAGGAUUGUGAUAGCGUUGUGAAAACCGAAAAUGAGAUGAAAAAUAAUGGCGAGUUAGAAAAGGCGCCAAACUUACAUUGUCAUUCUUGUGAUUUUCUUGCUGAUACUAAAGAAAUAUAUAGUCAGCACGUUUCUUCAUGUAAAGAUCUUGCAAGAUUAUCUUGGAGACAUAAUUAUGUGUUAAAUCAGACUUGAUAAAGCCUACAAUGUUUUACUUCUUUUUAAAUUAUGUAGUCACUAAAUGGCUAGUCUUUCUGGUAGAGCCUUGCCAUUCUGAAACUUGGUUCCUAUUGAUUUCAUGAUAAUCUAAACAUACUGAACAAAAAACUUUUGUGCAUGCGCUAAAGUUAUUCAGGUGAGAAGUGUAAAAUGUAUGAUUGUAUCAACGUAGGUACAGUUGUCGCCAAACUAUAUGUAAAAUAAUUUUAGGUAUCCGCAGUAAAGUUGAAAAAAAAACUUGGAGUAAGAAACCUUUUUAAUGAGUAGGUAUGCCACCUAAAGUGUGGAUCGUACCAUUUAACUGUGACGAUAACCAGACUUAUGCUUAUUUCCCGCCCAUUCAUUGGCAAAACGACGAUUUGACAUCGGAAAAUGUCUCGGUUACCGCUAUAGUUAAAUGGUGCAAUUCACCACAAGGCGUAAGUACGACGGGUGAAGCGCUUGAAUAUCAGUCAUGAAUCACUUUUAGAUGUAAGGUAUUGAAAUAUAUCACUGCCUGCACAGUUGUGAAUAAAUUAUGUUAUUCCUACUAA